UCCUUUUUCUUGAAGAAUAUAUACUGUACCCACUUCCAUUGGUAAAAAAAUCAGCAAAUGGAGCUCUGCAUUGAUUCCUCUCACUGUCUCUUCUCAAACACCGACUAUGUGCUCCAUUAAAUAUGCUUGCAAACCUGUUUUGUUUCUUGUAGUUUGCUAGUAAUAUAGAAUUCAUACUUAGAAGAGAACAGCUUGAAUAUGGCGUCCAAGAGAAUACUAAAAGAGCUCAAGGAUUUGCAGAGAGAUCCACCAACUUCAUGCAGUGCAGGACCUGUCGGCGAGGACAUGUUUCAUUGGCAAGCAACCAUCAUUGGUCCAAAUGAUAGUCCCUAUGCUGGUGGGGUUUUCUUAGUUACCAUUCAUUUUCCUCCUGAUUAUCCCUUCAAACCUCCUAAGGUUGCAUUCAGGACCAAGGUAUUCCAUCCCAACAUUAACAGCAACGGCAAUAUUUGCCUAGAUAUACUCAAAGAACAAUGGAGUCCUGCUCUCACAAUAUCCAAGGUGCUGCUCUCUAUAUGUUCUCUGCUAACGGAUCCAAAUCCUGAUGACCCUCUUGUGCCUGAAGUCGCUCAUAUGUGCAAGACCGACAGAGUCAAGUACGAGUCCACUGCAAGAAGCUGGACUCAGAAGUUUGCCAUGGGCUAACAAUCUCUACCUGCGCUCGUCUCCUUCAAUACGUUUUUGAAUUGUAUAAGAUAAUAUGGCCUUCAAAUUCGGGCAUCGUUGAACAACAUGCAUACAUAUAAGAAUUUUUCUCAAAGUUUGUAAUUGGUGCAUGCUCUAUGAAUAAAUGAUACUCUCUUUUGUUUUUUUUU